AAAGGCUACUACGCCCUCAACACAAUGUUCAUCUGCGACGCAGGCAUGCGGAUCCUCGCCGUCGACCCUCUGCGACCGGGGUCAGACCACGACGCCCACGUCUGGAGAACUACGUGGUUGCGUCGUCGGUUCCUGGAGGGGCAUAUUGCCAAGGCCGGCGAACACCUCCUCGGUGACAGCGGCUACCCCCUGGAACCAUGGCUCCUGACCCCAGUCACAGGCCACCCUCCCAUACACACUGCAGAAGGCAGGUACAACACUGCACAUGCUGCCAUGCGGUCCGUAGUGGAGCGGUGCAUUGGGCUCCUGAAGAGCCGCUUUCGCUGCCUUCAGCGGUACCGCGCCCUCCACUACGAGCCAGAACGCGCUGCCAACAUCGUUGCAGCAUGUGCAGUGUUGCACAACUUGUGUCUCGACGAAGGUGACGUGUUAAUAGAUGAUGUUAGUGAUGACAGCAGCAACAGCAGCAGUGAUGAUGAAAGUGUUAACCCCUCCCCACAGAGAGUUCCCCGAGUGAGGGCAUCACGCAUAAUGUACCUGAGAGGCUGUGCUGCCCGGGACAAUGUUAUUCGCUCAUUUGGCACGACACGGCAGCAGCACCAGCACUACCUGCAAAGGGUGCGAAGGCGGCUGCGUCGGCAGCAGCACCGACAGCAGCAAUAAACACGUGUCUGACACUGCAGGCAGAUGUUUAUUACUGCUGUCUACACACCUAAUAGAGAGCAGGAACCAAUGUGAAGAAAUGUGUGCAAUUAGUGGAUAGCGUGCUGUUUUUUUAUAGUAUCCGCUCAAUCAUAACCACCGUUUUCACGUGUCCUCUGCCAGUGAG